AUGCAGGCUGUGCGCUGUCACAGUGCCUGCCCGCUUGCUCGCCCGCCCACUCACUCGUCGGCCAGGAGGCCGAGUUCUCACUUUGGGGUGUCUGUGCAGCCAUCACCUGCACUGGGCCCUGGGGCCCUCCUCCCCAUCCAUGGUCCCCAGCAGUGCCUGGUUCUGAGCAAACUCCCAGGGAAGAAAGUAGCCCUGUUUCCAUGGCCAGGUUCUCCUCGUGGUGUCCAGUGCGUGUCUCUCCUCCGUCACACUCUCCCGGCUUACGCAGGAGGGGCCAGCGGCCCCAGGAAGGCCAGACCCAUGCAGAUCACACUGGUGCUGUUGAGGUGUCCACACCUCUUGUCCAUGUCUGUGCUCUCCCUCCUCUCCUUAUAG